UAUCCAAUAGUCACCGUUGCACUGUCACCCCAUGCCCGUACGAUAUUAAAAACUGCAGCCGUAUACGCUGCAAUGCACAAAAACAAGAUUACCAGAUCUUGAAAUGCGGUGAUACUCCCCACCAACCACACCAAUUUUGUUUUAAUAAAAACACGCUAUACAAAUCUCACUCAGAAUUAUUAAUCUCACUAUAAAAAUCCAUUUUAUGGACUUUUCGGUAAUCGUACGGGCCUAAAAUUCUUAUUUUCCUUGGUUUUUAAGACUUAAAGUCUUGGACACAACUCCAGGACAGGUCUUGUUAUUUUAAGCACUAUUUUAACACCUACACGAUGGCAGAUAUGGCCAAAGUAGAGGAAUUAACUGACAAAAUAUCGGAAUUAUCCGUUAUUUCAUUUAGAAAGAUCGACGACAUGAAGCGUCUAGCAAAACACUUCGAGAACGUUCUAAAUCAUCAGCUGACUCAACAGAAACCCUCUGUACACAAAUAUUUAAAGACCUUGACAGACACUCAUAAGAAAGUGUUCUUCCAAAAACGCGAAGGCGUUGAAGUGGAGUAUAUAUUUACGACCGAAAAGAAGAGUAGCCUUCAGAGGCAACGGUUCAAUAGUUUGCCAGUGAGCGAAGUUCCGGAACUGCUAAAAGCUGAGCUCCAGACAGCCGAGAAUGCCAAACAAGUGCACAUCUGUACGGACUGCAAAGUAGAAAUCGAGUUGAACGACGAAGAGCCAUUGAUGGAAUCUCUGCAAAAGCACUUCAAUUUAGAGGUGCAUCUACCGAAGAUGAAGCGAGAAAGCGUCGACGUGGCAGAACCGAUCAUUCUGCCCAAUAUGUCCAGAAGACUCUCCGCAAUGGAAUGCGGUGAAACACCAGCGCAGAACUUAGACCAAAUAAUGCAAUUAGUGAAGCCAAUGGAGAAAUUAGACCGUGGAUUUUUAUCCAAACUUGAAGCGGCAUUGAUCAGGCAUCUCCCUGAUAAAUCCGAGGCCAGCAUAGAUGCUGCGGUGAAGUUCUAUCACGGGGCGUACGAUAAACUUUGUAAGGAUGUCACUCUUAUUGAUUUCUCCACGCAAGCGAGUUCUGUCGCGCCAAUAAUUAUGAGCAUUAAAGACAACGUUUAUCAGAAUUUUGCCGCAGAUGCCAAUAAAAACAUAGAGAAUGAGGAUACUGAACAAUUGCCAGAGAAACCAAUUAAGAAUCAAGUGAAAAAAUACCGAUAUUACGGACCUAUUGAGAAUUUCAUAAUCAAACUACUUAACAAUCACAAACUAUUAUCGUUAAUCGACGACCGUACUGGAAAGCUCGCGUUCUUCUGCAUGGCGUGCGAGUAUUAUACAUUAAGAUUCACGUACGAUAGCGUUCUGAAUCAUGUGUUUAGUGAAACGCAUAUCCAUAACUUAUCCUGUAUUUUACAAGCAGAUAAUAAUAUUCCCUUCUCUAUGGACAACGCUUCUAUAGAUAAAAUCAAGGAGAUGAACAGAAAGUUUCUCUAUGGUCAUGACGUUACAGAAGACUCGAAUGGCUUAAAAUGCGGCCUUUGUAAGACCUCAAUAGAUUCUAUAGAAUCUUCUACAUUGCAUAUCCUCGAAGAGAACCAUUUAGCUAAACUAUCAGAUAAGUUGUACCGCAGAAUGAAGGUUAACAACCCAGAUGGGGCUGUUCCCGACGAGUGGGGCCCGAAGGAUUUAGACUGGACGAAGUUCCUGGCCAGCGUCGGGAAACCGCAGCAUAACCGCGACCACGUCAUCAUCGAGAACUUCAUAAAGCCAUCCGGGAAGAUCGCCAAUUACUGCACUUGCUGUGACAUGACAUUGAAGGGACCAAGACAAGUGCUCUUCAACCAUAUCCGGCAGAAAAAGCAUCUGCGGAACGCCGCCCCGUACAAAUUAGCUUUGCUCUACAAAAACCAUUGCCGCCCGUCCGAAUACUAUGCUAGCUUCGGUAAUUACUACGUUUGCGCGAUCUGUCCCAAGUACGUAGCCUUGCCAUCCUUUGCAGCGAUCGUAGAGCAUUUCGAUAGUGCUUUACACGUUGAAACGAUAUCCAAGUUGGUGCGCUCAGCGCUUUAUCCCGAGAAUGUUGAUAAAGAAAUAUUGUCGUCGAAUAAAAUUGUAACAGAUGACACAAUACAGUGCAAUUAUUGCAACAUACCAUUCCAAGAUGUUACCGAAGCAAUAACGCAUAUAAUUUCAAAUAUUGACCAUCAGAAUCGUAUUUCUGAAGCCAAGGUAAAAGAUAAUAAGUCUGAUAUUGUCAGUGUUUACAUGCAAGGUGACUAUAUCUUGCAUAGCGAAGGUGCUUCCUUCACCUGUCAGAUAUGUAGCGGAGUCUUCAACUCUAUAAGGUCUUUGCUGUCGCAUUUGAUUUACGCCGACCAUUUCCCUGUAAAGCCAAACGCAGAGAACAUAUUCCGGUUUUAUUUAGAAUUGAAACACAAUAUUAAUAUGCUUGGGAGGAAUAAAUAUGUUUAUUAUGAGUUUGGGAAAUUGAGAUGCGGUGUGUGCAAGGCGGAUUUAAUUGAAGGCGAGAAUGCUAAGAAACAUGUUGUGUCAACUCUGCAUAGAGAAAGUAUGGGGGCCAGUUAUUUUAAUGUGAAUGAAUCUGGGAUGGAAUGAGGAUAUGACUGCGUGGUUACUUCCAAAAUGUUUCCAGAAACUUCCACUAUGCAACACAAAAUGGCCACAUUAUUUGAAAAUGGAACACUAUUUCAAUGAGCGUUUAAAAAUGGAACCGAACCAUUGUUUUUUUAAUUGGAACGUAAGUCUGUGGAAUGUAUUUAUACGUUCUGUUUUUUACAUUAUUUUUGAUAUGUCAGGGCAGGGAUCUCGUUUUUUU